GUCGCUGACUUGGGUGUGACAAGGCGGUGGGCAAGCUCAGUGGGGCUCAGGUGCUUUCACUGGACCGGCGGGAGGCGCAUCAGGGCUACCUGCAGCACAAACACGAACGAACGGAGGGCCUGCGUCGAGCUUUGCGCAAGCAAUGGGGAAUUCGCAGCCACAGACGCCGCUCAACCUUGAGGAGUUUCCGUCGUUGUCUGGCGCCCCUCAAGCACAACAAAACACGACCGCGCAGCAGUUGUGGGCGAACCCUACCCUCCGAACCACCCCGCACACGACCAUCCAGCGUCCGCAAGGGCAAACGCCACAGCAAGGGCAGCAAGGACAGAUACCCAACCAACAACUGCAAGGCCUCAGCAACGAAGAUUCACCGCAAGGUCAGUUCGGUGGUGCUGGUGACGACUACCGCUUUGGUGGGCAAGGAGGCGUUGGCCAGCUGUCUGGUGGUGUGCAACCGCAGACCGGCAACAUUGAAGAAUUUCCGCCGUUAGGGAACAAUACUGCGGGAGAGAUCGGGCCUGAUCGACGGGCAGGUCUGAUCCAGAAUGCAGCUGCGUUCGGUGCGACCCCAGGCGCGAGCGCUUUCCCAGGGCUAGGGCAGACACGAAACGGCCUAACGAGUCCGACCGAGAGCCAGGGCAACCGAUCUUCGAAUGCUGCCGUGGGCGGAAGUCUUGCAGGUGGUACAUCAAGAACACCGUUUGAAGGCAUGCGUGCGACACAGACGAACCAGCAGGAGGUGUGUACACCAGCCCAUCCUGGUGAUGUAUCUAAUGACGAGCAGGGUGGUCCGCGGACAGGGCUGGCGCCGGGGAACCUGUCAUUUCUCGGACGCAGUGGCGGUGAUGCCACACCGGCAGGGCAACGGCCCCAGCAAUUCGAGUCAGGCUUCGGUGCAGACAGCGUUGCCUCGCCGGACACACAAACAACGCUUCACAAGAAGCUCGCGGAGAUGACAGAUCAGGAGCGCUACGGCCUGCCAGGCUUGCUAUCCAUGAUUCCCCUCGAGAGCCCAGACUACUCUUCGCUCGCCAUGGGGCAAGACCUGACGGUCUUGGGACUGGAUCUGAGCCGGCCAGAUAAUUCGCCUCUACAUCCGACGUUCGGAUCGCCCUUCGUCGAAGCCAACGCCAAGCCUGUAAUACCGCCUGACUUCACACUUCCAGCGGCAUACACCGUCACGAACGUACCACCACUACACUCAAAGAUGACCAGCUUCUCUGCCGAGACAUUACUAGCUAUCUUCUAUCAGCACCCUCGAGAUAUAUUGCAGGAGAUUGCCGCGGCCGAGCUCUAUAACAGGGAUUGGAGGUGGCAUAUUCAGCUCAAGCAGUGGAUGAUGAAGGACCCCGAUCUACCGGCGCCGAUAAGGUUGUCGCCCAAGGAGGAGCGUGGAUGGUACCUAUUCUUCGAUGUCACCAACUGGAGACGUGAGCGCGUAAGUAUCUGCGGCACCAAUCACCAAACUCAGGCUAACUAAUUUGCAGAGGGAGUUUGAGCUCAACUACGACCAUCUAGAUCAGCGUCAUGGCAGCCCUGGCAUGACUGGAGCUAUGUAGGAAGA